AUGUGGCAAGCCACCAAGAGGCAGGCAUCCUCUGAUCGAUUCCCAAUGCAGAGCGAGGACAUGUUUCAAGGCGAUCCGCCCGCAAACCUCAGCCUCUUUGAGGUUGGUCGGACACAUAAUUCGUAUGCUCCAGAAUAUGUAAGUCCAAACGCCCGGCUGGUCUUGGUCAAAGGCCCACCGACAAUGCAGCUUCCGGGCAGUCUAACGUAUUUUUUGCGCAAUCUCGGACUUGAGAUUCUUGCUUUCGACUCGAAAUCAGAGCCAACGAAAGUGGUAGUCAAAAAAUCUCUCUGGGUGGCAUUCAGCCGCUGUCUAAUCCACAUCUUGCCUGUUACAGUGUCUUUGGUCCUGCUCCGACUCAACCUCGGGGGCUUCUACAUCGGACAUGGGUUCGCACAACAAUCCAGCAGCGACCUAACGGACCAAGGAAAUGACGUGAAACUUGCGUUGAUACAGGUUGCAGCAAAGGUUCAGGAGCUUCUCGUAAUCUCAAGCUACGGUGUCAUUAUUUUCUCAGUCACCAGAGAUAGAUUGUUGCGUGAAGGCAUCCCUUUAGGGCUUGCGACAUCGGGAUUUUCUUUCGCUCGUGUAGGCUACUUCUGGUCACCAGCGCUGUGGGGCGCUAUCUCGGCCCUCGUCACUUCCCGCAGGAUUCAAGACGUAUGCCUUCUAAGCCUGGUUACUUUGGGAGGCCUUAUAGCGGUAGCAGCAGGGCCUGCAAGCGCCAUCCUAAUGUUGCCUCGACCAACGAAUUGGCCCGGGUUUACUACAGAAUUCUGGCUCAACGGAACAGCAGACGUUUACUGGCCCUCUGUCUUAACCUCUGACCAUCUCGGUGGGCCUCGAUGUUCAAGUGCCAAAGGCCUGGACACAAUAGAAUGUGUCGCAAAAGGCGUAUCGAGUCUCGAGAGCUUCUAUAACUAUGACCGCACCCAGAGCAGUUACGAGAUUUCCACACGAGAGUCACAAUUUCCGAGGACCUUACAAGCAGUCCCAAGGCAAGCCGGUCUUAGUGCGGAGGCAUGGUCUGUUGCUCCUCACGCAGUCACCUCUUUGCUCAAGAACGACCUUUGGUAUGAUCCGCAUUGGUAUCCUACCAAUCUUCGCCCCAGGGGAGUCCGCUAUGCGGAAACAUACUCCCAGGCGGCAGCGGUGCGUACCGUCUGCACCCGCGAGGUUUUGACCUUUUCAAAUGCAACUUUCAAGGUGUCUUUACCCAAUCCUCCGGCAUACGACCUCUGGGCUAAAGGAAACGACCGAUCAGGAAAACACAGAGACAUCAAGCUGUCCAGACCACUUUGGGGACACCAUAAGGGUGCUCAUACCGAACAGAUAGGACUCACAACGGUGUGGAUCCCGGCCAAUCCUGAUAUGGAAUCCGUCACCACAGGCCUUGUAAUUCUGGGCCCCCUUACCUCGACAUCGGCCACCCACCGUUUCGGGGUAGUGUGCUCUAUCGACGGCCGAUGGAACAAAGCGAAGCACGUGUUGACAGGAAGUGGAAACGCCGUUACAGCUUGGGGAAACAUGGCUUAUGACAACACCGGUAGCGAUAUCAGCGUCUUACAGAGUGGCCAGCGCAACAAUGAGGCUAUCCUGACCAAGGCUCUGCCAAUCAAUGACGGGAGCUGGAGACAUAUCACGGCUGAACAAGGAUGGCUGGACGGCUUGACGCCUCUUAUACCCCAAUGGAUGGAUGAGGCCAAGACUGCACUGAGCAAAUCCACCAUGACUACAGCUCUCGCUAACCUAUUCAUCGCAGGUGAUGUUAGGUUGAAAACAGACAAUUUUACGGAAGGUGAGGGAAGACAUUGGAUACAAAAUAUUGAGACGAUCACAUCGACUGCGAUGGCAGAUGCCAUCUCCCGCGUUGGCCUCGGGCAGCAGUACAGCACCAUUAAAUACUACACCAGUUUUGGGACACAGUGCACAAGCAUCCGAGGUGCCACGCCUCGGAAAUGGUGCCCAGGCCCUCCACCCUACACUCAGUCUAGCCCGUUAAAGUUCCAUGGCUAUUUGACCGGCUACGCUUAUAAAGCCUCGAGAGUUACAGAUUAUCUCUCCAUCGUCGUCCUACUGCUUCACAUGGUGGUCGCCUUGAUCCAUACGCUAUACCUUCUCUUUACGCAGCUCAGCUCCGCCUCCUGGGAAACGAUGGAAGAACUCAUCGUGCUUGCGCAGGUUUCUAGGACUGAUACAAAAGACUUGAGAAACACCAGCGCGGGCAUCAAGCGAUUUUCAACAAUGGCGCGAAAUACCCGCGUGAAGACGUCUGGGCCUGGCGCUGGCGGAGGUGAAGAGAAGGUGGAGUUGCUAAUUGGUGGAGAGGAACGGGAGAAGAUGGGAAAAGUGGAGGAGGGGGAGGAGUAUGGGAAUGAGGACUGA